AUGGAAAUUCCUUUGACAAGCAUAGACCAGGCACUUAACAUCGUUGCAUCGCUGGUGUGCAUGCAAGCAACGAAGUACGUUGAGCUGUCCCGUCCGCUCUAUCUGUGGACACUUCGUGUUCUGUACGUUGUAAGUCAGCUGUUGUUGUUCCUGUGCGUGCAUCUCAUCAAGAAGAGCAUAGUGCGGCAGAAUGACAGGCGGCUGGUGAAGGUGCCGCGCGAGCUGAAAUGGAACGAAGUGCCUGAGACAAGCGAGGAAGAGUUUGAAGAGAUAACUUACAGUGAGUACGAUACAAGGGAGGUUGGACGGCUCGUCAAGAGUGCGCUGUUUCAGGUUCCGAUCGUUUUGUUCUUGCAUCUUAAGUUUGGACUGCCGCAGCCGCUUGCGCUCCAGGCUAUUUCUAUCAUCAAAUCGUUCUUCCUUAAUCCACUGUUCAUCGCGCAUCUGAGACAUAAAAGCGUUUUGAGGCCUUUUGAUAAGAACGUGCUCUUUGGCAAGGCUAAGGAGACCAGCGAGGAGAGGAGAAAAAGAGAGGGUGAAACCGAAGAGGAGAGUAGGAAUGUGGAGGAAAAAGUGAAAGAUGUGACGGAUGGUAUUGUUGAUACAGAGAAGGAGACGAGUACGGUCAAGGAGCAAAGUAUUGAUAAGGAGGUGAAUGAGAACAGUAGCACGAAAAGGAGAGAGGAAUAAUUAAAUUAACUACAUUUAGUUAGUUGCUUAGAAAGGUCUAGUGCUGCACGGAGAUGGAUUGGUGGUAUUUUGCACAUCGUGGUUGGUUUGCCCACAAUUAUAGCAUAGGGUUGUGUAAACGGUGUAUGGCUGGGGUAGGUCUCCAAAGCGUACUUUACAACGUAUAGCAUGGUUAUUGAGCAUAGGUGUAAAUCACGUAGCUGACAAUUUAUCGUGUUCUGGCACCGCGCUCGUUUGGCAAAAUUAAGAGGAAAGUGCCCAGAAAAUUUAGUCGAAAAUUGUCAAUACGAUGAAUAAUUUUAUCUUUUUCUAUUGCAUUCUAACCUCAUGAAUCAACACAUCGUUACACUCAAUUAUUAAUUCGCUCACUUUACGUUCUUUUCUUGUGUUCCUAUACCACCCGUGUGCAACUGCAAAUUACGUAUCUUGAAUACUUCAAUUGACGGUGGCAGCACAGAAAUAAGACAUGAAUUACUGAAGAUUCGUAUUUUUAUAACCAGAUCUUCAAGCAGUCAUACAAUACUCGAUGGCUUAAGCGUGUGUUCAGCCAUCCAAUUUAUAUAUGCUAUGGACGGAUCGGUAAUGUUCGAUAGCUUGAGUUGUUGAUAUGUCCUAAAGAAGACCAUCAGCAAUGUGUUCCGCACAUAUGGAAUUCCAAGAAAUGUAGUAAUUAAUGGGCAGUUGAAAGAGCUCAUUUACGUUAUAAGGCUGCAAUAGAGUGCUAUAAUUUAGCAUGUGCCUUCACAACAUAGCCAUAUUAAUUUCUCCAUAAAUUACAUACCACACCAAAAGUGCUUAAUGAAAAGCGGAAGUAUGUUAAUGAAUCAUCAUAAAUUGUUGUCAUUAAAAGUUGAUUUUCUC